AUGCAAGUGUUGGGAGUAGAGGAGGCCCUUAUGUGCAAAGCUUUCUUCCCUACCCUAAAAGGACUCGCUCAAAAGUGGUUUUUGAUCCUGCCGAGUUGCUCAAUUAGAUGUUUCAACGAUUUAGCAGAUCGGUUUCUUACCCAGUACACGGUGAAUAUCAAACCUCAGCGAAGCUUGACCCAUUUGAGCGGAGUCUACCAAGACGAAGGCGAGUCCUUGAGAACCGACCUAGCCCGUUGGCAAAAGGAGGUGCAGAUGAUUGAGGGCCUGGACGAACAGGUCGCCUUAACCUUCUUCAUGGAAUCACUACGUGCAGGAAAGCUGUUCAUUGAUCUUCACAAUGAUCAGCCUAAGACAUACGUGGAAGCCAUUCAAAGGGCCAGUCGGCAAGCGGAUACCGAGGAGGCUGUAAAGCAGAAACGGCAGCGAGAAGUUGCCGGAUCAGGCUCUAAGAAACCACGAACAGAUUCCAGGGGAAGGAAUGAGCCAGAACGAUCCCACCGAUUAGAGGGAAGACGUGUCUCUGAUCGGGUAGGUGUUCCUCCCGCCCGGCUGACUGUGGCCCAGCCUGUUCAAGAAGUAAAAAGUUCCCUGCCGCCACCUCCCCCUCUUAAGCCGGGCGAUCAGCUUGAAGUCUUUUCCUCGGGAAUUUCGGGCAAGUUCUGUAGGUAUCGCCGUUCCACGACCCACACCAUCGAAGAGUGCUCAUACCUGAGAAAGGAAAUAGAGGCUCUCAUUCAAAAGGGCGCGCCGCCUCCCUCUAACCAGUGGAGGCGUAAGCCACGAUCAGAAAGAUCGGAGCCUAAUCGGUCCGACCGAGGAAAACAACUCGCUCAGGAGGAUGAGGAGAUGAAUUGGAAGCAUAAACCCGUCAUUAACAUGAUCGUGGGGGGACCGGAAGGCGGAGACUCGGCGGGAUCUCGUAACGCUUGGGCCCGACAACUAUAUGUGGGCACUAUCUAUGGACGUGAGGACAACUUAAAAAAGGUAUGCCAAGAACCGAUCUUAUUUACAGACGAAGACCUACCUAGAGGUCAGAGUCCUCACCGCGAUGCCUUAGUCAUCGCUCUGGAUGUGAGCGGCAUUGUGGUCCGAAGAGUCUUAGUAGACACUGGAAGCAGUGUUAAUGUCCUUUAUCUCGACGUCUUCGAGAAACUAGGACUCGACCGCGACAGGCUGAUACCGGUAAAAACCCCCUUGGUCGGGUUUACAGGGGAUUCCGUGGAGUCGAAAGGCUCUAUCCGACUCCCCGUCGAGAUAGGAACCUAUCCCAAUCUCCGAAAUUUGGAGAUGGAAUUUGUGGUGGUGAAUCUUUCUUGA